AUGCGUACUGAAGUAAUGCAAGGACCAUCACAAACAGAAAUUAAGUUAACAUAUGAAUUAAUGAAGACUAAUUUUAAGUGUAAAAUGAUUAACAUGUCUUCGAAGCUGAGAGAGGAUGAUCUUCGAAAGCUUCGUUAUUAUUUAGAAGGAAUCAUACCGAUUAAUAAUUGUUCCGACUCUAUGGAUAUAUUACGAGUGCUAGAGCACGAAGCAAGGAUUUCGUGGGAUGAUAUUAAUUUCGUUAAGGAAGCCAUGGGAAGUAUUUCAAGACAAGAUCUUGUUGAAGAUUUAACUAAGUAUGAAGUUAAGAGGAAUUUGACACUCCUGUUGGAUUUCUAUGCGAAGAGCAAUCUAGGAUUGGAUUCAAACUUCUGCGAUAAUAAAUUAAGGAUGAACAUGGUAGCUUCGCGCUUACGGAAGAUUAUGGAUAGUGCUCGAGAGAGUGUUAAAAUCAGAGACAUAUGCUCAACCGUUGAGUCCAGUAGAGAUUUAAAGAAAGUAUUAAUGGCCUUAGAGGAGAAGAUGGAUGAAGGACCAUCACUAUCAUGGGAUGACUUUACUAUGCUUGUAAUUUUUGCUGGAGAAAUUAUAACAAUCGCUUCCGCCGAUGAAGAACAACAGGAGUCAUUGUUAGACCUAUGCACAACCGCUGCUGAUGAGCUCUGCUCUCGAAUGAAAGCGCCAGGAACCUGGGUAAGAUUGUAGUUUAGAUUUUAUACCUUGAGUAUCAGAGUUCUGAAAAAAUGUAUCUUCUUUUCGUUUUUUGGUUUAUUACAGUUCUGUGAAAAUUUUUGCUGCGUAGAACACUCUAAUUGAUUAUUCAGCCGUUGCCUGGAAGUGAUUGGUCGAAUUUUAACAUGUGAUCAAAGCUUUCGAAUUUGAUAGGAAGAUCACUCUGCCGACUGAAAGUCAUGCAGAUUACAUAGCCAUUUUGAUCAGAAAAUAUCAGUAGGAAUUACUUCGCUGAGUAACGCUGAACGUUAUUUGGUUAUCUCUUGUAUUUCAAUAAUUGUUGAGGAAACCAAAGACGGAAGUCGUUUGACAGCCGUUCCGUCAAAUUAAUCACGAAUAGACCCAAACCUCACUUCAUGCUCUCCUUUAGAUGUUCUUAUUGUUGAUUUAAUAGACACGUUCAAAGAUAUCAGAACAAAGUCGUACACCAUGGCCUUGAAAAGGUCCCAUUUCAAGUUGAAUUACUUCCAUUUUUCUUCCACUUCUGCAUCAUGAAGUUGUUUUGUUCAUUUCAAUGUCUUUAUUGACUCUUCAUGCAUGAGGAACCAUUAUAUAUGAAACAUGCCAUGAUAGUCAAACAAUUGAAAGUUAUUUGAAGCGAAACAGGUCGGGCCAUAUGAACGGAAAACGGCUAUGAACUCAUAUUUUUACUUAGAAAUCGCUUUAAGGAUUGGUGAAAAGGGAAUGCAAACGGAAAUCAGCAUUGGCAUUACGACGAUUAAUCUGGCAGAAGAGUUGUCUAACAAGCUUAUAUCCAAGUGAAAAAAAUUUUUCUCUGACAGGAAGAGUCCACUUCACUUUUAUGAUCUGUGCAUGGCCGACGCUGAAAGGUCUCAAAAAUUUGACAUAUAGAGAACUUUAAGUGUACACUAAUUACAGAAAGAUGUUUUAACCAAUUUCCAUUUUCCAGCUGCCUGUUUAGUGUAGUUAUUUUAGUAUUUCUUGCGUUGCAUGGAUUACCUUUCAUUGCCCAUUAUGUUUACUCUGUUCCUAUUUUUAGCCUUCGAACACAUCGGGGUCUUCAUGCUGAGUAAUUCCAUGAUGAAAAUAUGAAUGGCUUUUUAGAGAUGGUCGUUCAAAAAUCUCAACCAGUCGUUUUUACUUCCACAGCCAGUUUUAUGGCCUGCAUGAUGCAAAUGAAAAUAUUUGUCGGCUUUUUUUAUUCACUUCGACAUCCUUCAAUGAUAGAUCUCAUAAAUUCAUGGUAAGACUUAUAAGUAAUCUCAUAGGCCUGACUGUCAAGAAACAUAAAACAAUUUUAAAUCAGGCAAAAAGGACCAACCUCUUCUCCAGAUUUCGAUGAUCGGUCCGUGGAGUGAAUCCAAACUCUGUUGUGAGAGACUGUAUGUUCCUGUACAAACAGAAGUUCCUUUCAUAUCUUUCUAACAUUAUAUUUUACUUUGUAGAAUGACUUUAAAAAUCAUGUCAAGGAAGUGCACCGUUUCGUUCAAGAAAACAUAGAUUCCAAUCAUAACUUGUCUUCGCAAGAGAUAGCAAAAGUGGUUCAACAGUUCAGAGAAGCCGUAUUCCUCCCAGUAGGAAAUCUAUAGGAAACUCCAGAGGCUUUCUCGUUUAAAUCGAAGACUGUUAAUGAUAAAAAAAAGUUCUCUUGUUAAUCACUUCUGAACUUUAUUCACAAUUUAAGAUUAUUCACAAUUUAAGAUUAUUCACAAUUUAAGAUUAUUCACAAUUUAAGAUUAUUCACAAAAUACAAUUAAUAAAAUUACCAUACGAAAUUUCAUCAAAAUUUCAUCAAAAUAAUGCAUAAUACAAAAGCAUUUAGCUUAAAAGACUGUUAAUUGUUAAUAAUAAUUUUAAUGAUAAUAAUAAUUAAUAACUAAUUAAUCUGGCAGAACAUCAUUACUAUUACUAUUAUAUUAUUACUACUACAACAUCAUUACUAUUACUGCUACAAUAUUACUACUACUAUUACGAGUACUAUUACACCAUUAUCACUCUUACCAUUACAACAUU